AUGGAUCCGGGGGUGCCUAAAGCCAGCUCAUCAGGCUGUCACACCCUAGCUGGCUCGAGAGGUUUCUUUCCCCGGUUGGGUCAGAAGGCGCCCAUCCCACGUCAGGCCUCAGCCGGACCGCCAGGAUUUUAUGCCCAGCCAGCUUGUCAGGCUGCUACGCCUCCACCGGAUCAUCAGGCUCCCACGCGGGAUCGACAGGCCUUCAUGCCUCAGCCGGCUUGCCAGGCUCUCACGCCUCUGCCGGUUCAUCUGGGUUUCACGUCCAGUCGGCUUGUUCAGCGCCCCUUUGGAGGUGGAGGUCACACCAAAGCCAUCCUGAGGGCCUCUCCUGAAGUGACAGUAGUGGUCCUAGACCGAGACCCCACAGCAUUCAGCUUAGCUCAACAGCUGGCCAAGGAACACAGUGGCCGGGUGCACCCGUUGCUCGGGCGUUUCAGUGAGCUGGGAGCCCUGCUGUCUAGACUGAGGUUGCAACCAGGUAGUGUGGAUGCUGUUCUUCUGGAUGCUGGCUCCUGCCUUAGAUCAGCAGGCUCUUCUUUGUGCGUAGGUACCCCGACAUGCCCUGCGCCGCUGACGUUGCUCUUCUUUGUGCGUAGGUACCCCGACAUGCCCUGCGCCGCUGACGUUGUGAACGCCUUAGAUCAACAGGCUCUUGCGUCCAUCCUCACUGCCUAUGGGGAGGAAAGGCACACCAGGAAAAUAGCCUCGGCCAUGGUGGAGGCACGCAGUGUCUACCCCAUCACCCGGACACAGCAGCUGGCCAGCAUGGUGGCAGGAUCUUUUGCAGCCAGCGCUCUCUAUGCCCACAAAGAUCGGCUUCAGCGACCCUCACACGUUGCCACCAAGACGUUUCAGGUGCUGCGUAUGUUUGUCAAUGAUGAGCUGAAUGACCUGCAUGCUGGACUCUGCACUGCUCAGACAGUGCUUAAACCUGGCGGCCGCCUCUGUGUGCUGACCUUCCAUUCACUAGAGGACCGCUUGGUAAAGCGUUUUCUCCAUGGAGAGGAUGUAGGUGCCCCACCCCGUCGGAGUGUCCGUCAGAGAGUUCAGCGAUGGGAGGAAGAGGAGGAGGAAGAAGAGAAGGGUGGGGAAAAGGACAGUGGUCACUGGGUUGACCUGCAGAGAGGGGUGCUGAUGCCACAGGCAGAAGACGUACUGGAGAACCCAUGGGGAUUCUCAGCCAAACUCAGGGCAGCAUUCAAACAAUAACCCUCUGGAACUUGGCCUCAACCUGCACCAAUUAAAUCCUCCUUGUUUUUAACUAGACUACAGAACCACCAGGCUGGUCUUCGUCAGACACGACCAUACUGAUCAUAUCCAGGCACAGUCUCACUGGUGUCGGUCGGGUGACAUACAGAACAAGUGCCUUGUUAAUGGUGGAACGCUGAGGCUGACUGGUAUUUAACUGGCAUGCACUAACAGUCAACAAUCCAUGUAGGCAUGUGCUCCUUAGUUAAUAUUAUACUGUGUGUUGCUAUUGAGUAUUUAUUUAAUUUAGUUUAAGUGACUUGUGUACACUACUUGAAUAUAGGAAACACAAUUGUGCUGUAGCCUAAGUUGAAUAUAUCAAAGGUUAAGACAAGGAUUCUAAUAUCCCAUAACUCUUUGCAUAAAUGAGAAAGAAUUAGAAAAGCAAAGGGGCCAGCUAUGCUAGUUAGCAAUGGCGCUUGUCCCAUGAAUCUGUUUAUUUUUCGAAAGAUUCUAAUCUGGGUAUCUUCAACCUAGGCUGAAGCCAGAGACACAGAAGACAAAACGUCUCUCUCUCUCUCUCUCACUCAAUUUGUACUGCAUUACUUUAUGGCUGAGCUGACACAGUUGCAUACAGUAACAGUUCUGUCUUGAAUUCUUAGUUUCCUCAGUUCUCCCCGUUGGCUGAACCCAUAAUGUCUUUGCUCUCUUGACUAAUUAAUUAAUCAGAACAAUGUUGCCUCCAAACGACUGAUGAGUAUCCAGAUCAACGGAUGUAGGCACUAACCUCCCUCACUGAUGUCUGUAUACUCCUGCAAUGAGAUGACAACUUCCUUGGUAGUUUUGGCUGAAUGUGUACUGCACUGCACGAAUCAGUAAUGUCUUUAAAUACCAAGUGACUCAAGUGUCACAAGUGGCGGUGAAUGAGAGGAUGACUGUUUCAUUCAUGAGCCUUCUCCUCCAACUGUUAACAGAUGAGGUGUUUUGAUCUGUACUAUUGGACUUUGUCUAUUUGUAAUUGCUCCAUCAAGAGGAUCAACACUUUUCUUCCCCUCUGCCUCAUUCUGUACACUCUAAAUAUACACUUCUUGUUACCUUGGAAACUAAACAGCACAAGUAACAUUUAACUGUGUCUAAAUGUGUUUGCUGUUUUAAAAUAUCUGCGAAACGAUGCCGUAUGUAGAAUUUUUAAGCCCCUCCCUUUGAGGUCAGUCGACGUCACACAGUCUUCAUGGUUAUUUGAAUUCAAUUUGAAAUAAGAAUGGUAAUCCUGUUUGAUCUGUUCUUUAAUGGAUGGUCCAAGGGUUCUAAGCCCCUUACUCUGUAGACCCCCAUUCCUCCCCUCUAAUCAGGAAUGAUUCAGAUGUGAAACACCUGGUGUGUGGAAUCUGAUUUCAAAACUCAAAAUGUGACUCUUUCCCUUUGAUGACCACAAUAUAAUUGUGCAACUGGUUUACAAUUCCAACCAUAAAUUCUUCUCUAGAUAUCCGCCAGCACCUGUACACAUCAUCUGCCUUUUCCUUCCUGUACACCCUCUCUGCCACCUGACCAAAUUAAAACUUUCUUCAGUUCGCCAAAGUUUGUCUAACUUUAACCAAUUUAACAAACUUAGCUUUGUUUCUCCCCAUUUCUCAUAACCUGUGUCACCUUUUGUCUUUUACUAGUAAGGAAUGACCCCUCCUAAACACGUUGCAAAUUCCACAUUCUUCUUUACACUCAAAUCUAUCAACAAGUAUUUUGUAAUUACCUACAGUGGCUUGUGAAAGUAUUCACCCCCUUUGACAUUUUUCCUAUUU